AUGAAGCUGUACAGCCUAAGCGUCCUGUAUAAAGGCGAGUCCAAGACGGUGCUGCUCAAGGCCGCAUACGAUGUGUCCUCCUUCAGCUUUUUUCAGAGAUCCAGCGUUCAGGAGUUCAUGACCUUCACAAGUCAGCUGAUUGUGGAGCGCUCAGGAAAAGGCAGCCGAGCUUCUGUGAAAGAGCAAGAAUACCUGUGCCACGUCUACGUGAGAAAUGACAGUCUUGCGGGAGUGGUCAUUGCUGACAGUGAAUACCCGUCCCGGGUGGCUUUUACCUUGCUAGAAAAGGUACUAGAUGAAUUCUCCAAGCAGGUCGACAGGAUAGACUGGCCAACUGGAUCCCCUGAUACCAUCCAGUACACAGGCCUGGACAGUCACCUCAGUAGAUACCAGAACCCCCGAGAAGCUGACCCCAUGACUAAAGUGCAGGCUGAACUGGAUGAGACCAAGAUUAUCCUGCACAACACCAUGGAGUCUUUAUUAGAACGAGGUGAGAAACUCGAUGACCUGGUAUCCAAAUCCGAAGUGCUGGGAAUACAGUCUAAAGCCUUCUAUAAAACGGCCCGGAAACAAAACUCGUGCUGUGCAAUCAUGUGA